AUGCUGGACUCUGAUAUAGGGACAUGUAGUUCUUUUUUGAAGCUGUCAACAAUUCUUCUAUUUUUGUCAUCCUUUUUUUUUUUAAUUCUCUUUCUUAGGGCCUUUUCUUCGUUUUGUCUUCCUUCUCCAUUAACUUCUCCCUCAAUUUUUCUUUCUCUUUUACGUAUAUCUUCUUCAUUCUUUGUUGAAUUUCCCGCUCUUUCAUCCUCUCAUAACGUUUUUUUUUUUUUUUUUUUUUCAUUUUGCGCUUUAUUCUUGACAUUUUGCUUACGCCUCACUUUCUCGUUUUCCUUCUCUCGCGUUUUUUUUUCUUUCAUUUUGUUUUACCUUGCUCUGUAUCUUUCAUCUCUCACCUUUCCAUCAAACAUCUCUCUUGCUCUCAUUUCUUUUGUCUCUAUGCUCCUCCUUUCUCUUUAUUUAUACUUUUCUCUUCUUUUCUUAUUGUUUACCUUCCCUUCCUCCUCACACUUCUCCUCCUCAUACUUCUCCUCCUCACACUGCUCUUCCUCACACUUUCUAAUUUCUGAACCUGUCCUCCCUCUUCCUCUCUAUCCUCUUUCUUCCACUUCCUCCCCAUCUCCUCAUAUCCUCCGCCAUAUUGAGUCUCCUGCUUGUUCGUAUCUUUAUCGAUAUUAUUAUUAA